GAAAGCGUAAUUAACGGAUCUCCACCUCUCCAAUCAGCCGGAGUGAGUGACUCCAGAAUCUAUUCGCAGCUGCUCUACUACCCUCCGCAUUUGGAACUGAACAGCUGCUAAAACGUUUGAACAAUUUUUCAGAAUGCGAACAGGGCAUGCUGUCAGACAGGGGCGAACCGGUGCUGUAUCUCAACCAGCAGAAUAAUGGCUGAGGACUAUUGGGAGAGCACACUGGCUUUGGGAUAUUUUUGCUAAGAUUACAAGGGCAUACGGGAUCUCGCGUCCUCGGAGAGCUUGAACUGUGGCUACCCCUCCGCCCUCUGCGUCUCGGCCCCCGCCCUCCACGUCUCGCUCCGCAUCCCGCCCCCCGCUGCCCCCUCUGAUGGACCGCAUGAGGAAGAUCAAGCGGCAGCUGUCCCUCACCCUGAGGGGGGGCAACAGUGGGGAUAAGACCAGUGAGACCAUCAGCCCUCAGGGCACAGCGCACAGUCACAGUGACUCUGAGACCAUGUCAGUGCGGGGCAGUGGCACUGGCAGUUUGCGGGGUUCAGUGCGAGGCAGUGGUGGUGGAGGCUCGUUCAGCAUGCACUCCCUGCUCCAGUCGUACGGCUCCGCCCUGCGCCGACCACACAGCCUGGGCCGCAGCCUCAGCUCCUAUCUCAACCACACCACACGCCUGGAGAUAGUUCAUGAAGAUGUGAAGAUCGGCUCUGAUGGGGAGAGUGACCAGGUCUCGGCCACCUCUUCUGAUGAAGUACACAGUCCUGUCAGGGUCCGCCUCAGGAACAACUCUGUACGCAAGAUAUCCACCGAGGAUAUAAACAAGCGGUUGUCCUUGCCUGCGGACAUCCGUCUCCCAGAUGGCUACCUGGAGAAGUUCUGUCUGAACAGUCCUCUUUUUGACAAACCUCUGAGCCGGAGGCUAAGGAGAGUCUCCCUGUCCGAGAUUGGCUUUGGGAAGCUGGAGACCUAUGUGAAGCUGGAUAAGCUAGGAGAGGGGACCUAUGCCACCGUAUACAAAGGGCGCAGCAAGCUGACUGACAACCUGGUGGCUCUGAAAGAGAUCCGAUUGGAGCAUGAGGAGGGGGCUCCCUGCACUGCCAUCAGAGAAGUGUCUCUGCUGAAGGAUCUGAAACACGCGAACAUAGUGACCCUCCAUGACAUCAUCCACACGCAGAAGUCUCUCACGCUGGUCUUUGAGUACCUGGAUAAAGACCUUAAGCAGUAUCUGGAGGAUUGUGGCAACUCUAUCCACAUGCACAAUGUGAAGCUCUUCCUGUUCCAGCUGCUGCGCGGCCUCAACUACUGCCACCGCCGCAAAGUCCUCCACAGAGACCUCAAACCCCAGAACCUGCUCAUCAACGACCGCGGAGAGCUCAAACUGGCUGACUUUGGCCUGGCCCGGGCUAAGUCCAUUCCCACCAAGACAUACUCCAACGAGGUGGUGACGCUAUGGUACCGUCCCCCAGACAUCCUCCUAGGAAGCACUGACUACUCAACGCAGAUAGAUAUGUGGGGAGUGGGUUGUAUCUUCUACGAGAUGUCUACAGGUCGCCCCCUGUUUCCUGGUUCCACAGUGGAGGAGGAGCUGCACUUCAUCUUUAAACUGCUAGGUACACCCAAUGAGACAUCCUGGCCUGGAAUCACCUCCAAUGAGGAGUUCAUCUCAUACAACUACCCCCGGUACAGAGCCGACUGUCUACGGAAUCACACACCAAGACUGGACAAUGAAGGAGUGGAACUGCUGUUCAAACUGCUGCAGUUUGAGGGAAAGAAGCGCAUCUCAGCAGAGGAGGCCAUGAGGCAUCUAUACUUCCACAGUCUGGGAGACCGAGUCAUCACACUGCCUGACACUACAUCAAUAUUUUCACUUCAAGACAUUCAGCUGGAGAAGGAGCCCGGCUGUAGAAGCAGCUCCUUGUCUGACUCAGUGAACAGCAUAUCUCGUCGACAGAGCCUGCUUUUCUGAGUGGAGUGAGAGAGAGACGGACGAACGAGAGGACGGGAAGCUGAGACAUUUCCGUGUGCGAUGAAGGGAUACAUAUUCAUCAUCUUUAUACCUUUUGAAUUGUCAUUGUUGGUCCAUUUAGUGUUGAGAGAGGUUCACUAGCUGUUUACAUGUAAGACGAGGCUGAGGAGGAUACCUGUUUUUCUUCUGUGUUUGCUCUCAAUAUGCACUCUCUCCUCUAUAUAGAAAAGUUUACUGUCACAGACACACUUUUACCAUCACGUAUACUGUAAAUGCUGACAGGCAAAGAAAGCCUUACCAUUUUUCCUUGUAUAGCUAACGACUGUGAUCUUUAGUUUACAGACUGACAUAAUUGCAGCCCUGUAUAAUUACAUUUAGACAUGUCAGGACAUUCUUUGAAUGCAAUAAUCAUCACCCGUACAUUUUAAUGGAUUUGGACCAAAGUUUUCGACUCACUUAAAUGAUGCACAAUGCUAUUGUAAUACCCCUAGCUAGAACCUUUCUAUGUUUUAUUGUAUAAUACCACAAUGAAGGAAUCAUUUGAAAAAUGACAAGGCUUGAAUAAGUGAUAAGUUGAUUAGAGUUGUCUUCUAAUUGAGGGGGGAAUAAUAAUAUGGUGAGGCUGUAGUGUCUCACCUUGGUCUUCCACACUCCCAUUUCCACCACAGUAAGGUAUUAGUCUGUCCCUCCCAUUUCCACCACAGUAAGGUAUUAGUCUGUCCCUCCCAUUUCCACCACAGUAAGGUAUUAGUCUGUCCCUCCCAUUUCCACCACAGUAAGGUAUUAGUCUGUCCCUCCCAUUUCCACCACAGUAAGGUAUUAGUCUAUCCCCCCCAUUUCCACCACAGUAAGGUAUUAGUCUAUCCCUCCCAUUUCCACCACAGUAAGGUAUUAGUCUAUCCCUCCCAUUUCCACCACAGUAAGGUAUUAGUCUGUCCCUCCCAUUUCCACCACAGCAAGGUAUUAGUCUGUCCCUCCCAUUUCCACCACAGUAAGGUAUUAGUCUGUCCCUCCCAUUUCCACCACAGUAAGGUAUUAGUCUAUCCCUCCCAUUUCCACCACAGCAAGGUAUUAGUCUGUCCCUCCCAUUUCCACCACAGCAAGGUAUUAGUCUGUCCCUCCCAUUUCCACCACAGCAAGGUAUUAGUCUGUCCCUCCCAUUUCCACCACAGUAAGGUAUUAGUCUGUCCCUCCCAUUUCCACCACAGCAAGGUAUUAGUCUGUCCCUCCCAUUUCCACCACAGCAAGGUAUUAGUCUGUCCCUCCCAUUUCCACCACAGCAAGGUAUUAGUCUGUCCCUCCCAUUUCCACCACAGCAAGGUAUUACAGUCUAUCCUUCCCAUUUCCACCACAGUAAGGUAUUACAGUAUCCCUCCCAUUUCCACCACAGCAAGGUAUUAGUCUGUCCCUCCCAUUUCCACCACAGCAAGGUAUUACAGUCUAUCCUUCCCAUUUCCACCACAGUAAGGUAUUACAGUAUCCCUCCCAUUUCCACCACAGCAAGGUAUUAGUCUGUCCCUCCCAUUUCCACCACAGCAAGGUAUUACAGUCUAUCCUUCCCAUUUCCACCACAGUAAGGUAUUACAGUAUCCCUCCCAUUUCCACCACAGCAAGGUAUUAGUCUGUCCCUCCCAUUUCCACCACAGCAAGGUAUUACAGUCUAUCCUUCCCAUUUCCACCACAGUAAGGUAUUACAGUAUCCCACCCAUUUCCACCACAGCAAGGUAUUAGUCUGUCCCUCCCAUUUCCACCACAGCAAGGUAUUACAGUCUAUCCCUCCCAGCUCCAUCAAUCCAAGGUAUUACCGUCUAUCCCUCCCAGCUCCAUCAAUCCAAGGUAUUACAGUCUAUCCCUCCCAGCUCCAUCAAUCCAAGGUAUUACAGUCUAUCCCUCCCAUUUCCACCACAGUAAGGUAUUAGUCUGUCCCUCCCAUUUCCACCACAGUAAGGUAUUACAGUCUAUCCCUCCCAUUUCCACCACAGCAAGGUAUUACAGUAUCCCUCCCAUUUCCACCACAGCAAGGUAUUACAGUCUAUCCCUCCCAUCUCCAUCAAUCCAAGGUAUUACAGUAUCCCUCCCAUUUCCACCACAGCAAGGUAUUAGUCUGUCCCUCCCAUUUCCACCACAGCAAGGUAUUACAGUAUCCCUCCCAUUUCCACCACAGUAAGGUAUUAGUCUGUCCCUCCCAUCUCCAUCAAUCCAAGGUAUUACAGUAUCCCUCCCAUUUCCACCACAGCAAGGUAUUAGUCUGUCCCUCCCAUUUCCACCACAGUAAGGUAUUACAGUCUAUCCCUCCCAUUUCCACCACAGUAAGGUAUUACAGUCUAUCCCUCCCAUCUCCGUAAUCAUUGAAGGGGGAUAUUAGUUUAGUACCAGGUAGAUUAAUCCCAACAGUGUCAUGGUGGCAUUUGGGGGAAAACCUCAUGGUGUAUUUAUUUAUUUAUUUUCAUAAUGCUGUGCUUGGCUGAUAUGGUACAAUGGUUUGAAAGAAAAGCACUUCUGUUCUAUUUUCACACAACGUUUUGCAGUUCUCUGAGGAAUCCCUAGCACUUACAGGAAUUCUCCUCAUUCUUGCAGGAAUUCUGGAAUUUGGGGAACCGUUGUACCAAAAACCUGGAGAUGGCGUUCUCUUUAUUGAUUAUAUAGACAUGCAUCCAAUACAAAUUGAGCUUCCACAGUGAAACAUCACAACCCUGAUAGGUUUAAUGACUCUUUAGGGCACAGGGUACAGUAUUGUUGGGUAUAAUGUAAUUGUGUUUACACAUCUACCUGUUUGGAGUGAAAGAGAGAGUCUGCAAAUUUCCCCACUAUGUACAGGGUGAUGUGUGGUCAUCAUUCUGAGGAGAGUGAGAGAGUGCACCAGACACAGUGUCACUACUAAUACACCGCCUGCUGAUGUAGUUAGCCCACCUAUUAACCACGGCUGUUGUUCUAAAGCAGUGGUUCCCAGCCUUUUACCCAUGUACAUUUUACCAGUAGGCCUAUGGUCUCAUGAGUACUCCCUGUGGAUAGGCCAAGUUCCCCCUGUGGAUAGGCCAAGUUCCCCUGGUUGGGAACCACUGUUCUAAAGCACUUCAGUAUGUGGAUUCUGUGAAAACCAAAGUGAACAUGCAUAAAACUGUCAUCUGAAAUGUCUGGCUUGUGGUUUUGAAUGGGGAUAGAUGAUGUGUUUCAAACCUCAAAUAACCAAAGUAUACAUUUUUGGAUUGAGGCGGUAACUUGGAGAGAAAUGCAGUUGGUUAUGAAUUCUCACCAUCUCAACCAUUAGGUUAGUUUGGUGGGUUGGGGUGUGAUCCUAGCAGCGAGAUGUUGUGAACUUAGUAAGUGUGAAUGAGUGAGCGUGUGCGUGUGUGUGUGAGAGAGUCAGAGCAGAGGAUAUGUGUCGUGAAGCACGGCAAUGUUAUAUUGUGGAAAAAGAAUAUGGUAUGUUGUAAAUAACCUUAGAUUAUUUUACGGAACCGAGCAGAGGACUGUGCAAUGAGAUGAGGAUACUCUUCUCAUUAUGUCAUUAUGAAGAUAAGAAUAUAGUUUUCUUACGAUGAUCAUUGAUUAUAUUGUUAUUGUGUUCUUAUUCUUUUAAUGAGAAAAGGUUUAUUUGAUCAUAGAAUACAUAAUCAGUGUAGAUAUUUGGAUUUUAU